UUUGUUUCCGCGACUGCGGGAUAUUUACAAGUAUAUAGAGGAUGUUAACAUUAUAUAGAUACCAUCAUAACUUUUCGAAUAGGAACAGGAGGACUGCUUUUAUUACUGCAUGUAAAUGCGUGUGUUUAAUGUAAGGAUACAUCAUAGUUUUAUAACUCUGUGCUAAACCAACAACAGUGUGUCCCUGACGCUCAAUUAUGAGGGUGGAAUCGACAUGUGAAUGAAUACAAUGCCAUAUCCUUUCAGCCUUUUAUUAGGAACUGUAAUGUGUUAUUAAACAUGGAAAAUAUAACUUACGUGUUUAACAUCUCUUCAGAAGCAGCCACCGAUGUAACUGUUACCGGCGAGACGUCUCUAAGGACAAGUGUAACUCCGAAUGACAUAACAACCGUUGAUCAAACUAUAACAACUACCAAUGAGUGGUUGAGUACCGGUUCUAAAUUGUCUGGCAUUACAGGCAGUUCCCAAUCAACGGAGAACCUCACGAACUGGUUAGGUUUUACCAUACAAAGUGACCACUACAAUGAAUAUGAUAUAUAUACUUUUGACUAUGGGGAUAACUACAUAUAUGCUGCUUAUACAUUUGAAAAACCAUUUUAUUUGUAUGUUUGGGAAUUCUUGGUUAUAUUUACAUUCCUCGUCAACCUCAUUGUGAUAUCAGUUCUGCUGCGCAGAAAGGUGCGCAAUGCUACGAAUAUAGUCCUUGCCGCCAUUGCAAUUUCAGACUCGCUUACCGGACUCGUGACUCUGCCGUCUUAUAUCAUGGUCUACUUGAAGUAUGUUCCACCAUAUGGUGACUACGAUUACAGCAGUGAACAAUCUACUCCAGGUCAAUAUGAAAGUGGAGGAUAUACUAGUGACUCCUUUUAUGAUGAUACCCAGACGCAGGAACCAGUGGGCGGAUGUGAACUAACGAAAGAUCUUUGCAAUGGUUACAUGAUUUCAAAGUACUUUUUGUCCAAGUCGUUCCAUUCAAUGUCGAUAUUUCUCACUUUAUUUCUUGCUAUUCAGCGAUAUAUAUCAAUAAGAUACCCAUAUCGGUCCCAACUUCUGUUGAAUUUACCAAAAAUCGUAAUUUGCUGUGUGGCUAUUGUACUUAUUUCCCCAAUUUUACAUGUGUAUCAUCUUCUCGGAGAAAGAGCAUUUGAUGGCAAGUGUCAAUGGGAACUGACGGAGAAAGGCUGCGGAGGCGGAUGCAUGUAUUUAUUCAUUACAUUUUUCAUACGUCAUUUGAUACCCUGUGUCGCGCUUGUAAUACUUACCACACUUUUCAUUCUUCAAUUGAGAUCAGGGGAGAGAAAUCUGUGCCGAAUGGAUAGUAGCAAAUCACAAAUUUCGAGACGGAAGGAAGAAAAUCGACGUAUUUCUAUCAUUGUUACAGCAGUGGUUUUAGUUUUUCUGAUACCGGAAAUACCGUAUGGAAUAUUGCUUUUGUACAAUGCUAUAGACAAGGCAACCAAUCAAGGCAGAGGCAUGAAUUUAGAAACAAACAGAGCUCUUCAUUUAGUUUAUGAACUUCUUCUGGUCCUGUCUUUUCACGCCAACUUUUAUGUCUACACCUUUUUCAACAGAAGAUUCCGGAAGACACUUUUCAGGACCUAUCUCAAACCUGUUAGGCGAUUCCUCGGUGAUACAGAUAGACUGUCGGUUUCCACAACCUCGUCAGUUUCACGCAGGACUUCAAACAGGAAGACAGAUACCGGAAGCGCUAUAACGCAGCUUGAAAUGCAUUCUAUGAUUAACACUUCACCACCAGGCCAACCAGAAAUACAAACUAAUUCAGCUGCCUCAAGCUUAGUUGAGAAAGAUCUAACUGUUUUUGAAGGUGACUGCAAUUUGUGAUGAAAAUUCGAAGAAAAUUAGCCGCCUCUAAUGGACGCGGUAGAUUUUCGCUAUGCAUUGUACAAUACAUAGCAACAUCUGUUGUGGAGACCCCGAUAUUUAAAGCGAAAGAUAAUGUAACAGUUUCAGUUCUUUAACUGUUAAUUGCAUGGACAACAUUUAAAUAAAAAGCAUUAAUAACUAAUUAUUUUCUUGUUUUAUUUUAGAUAUUCGUGCCCUCUUUGAACCCCAGAAAAAAAUGUUACAAGUUAUCAACAUUAUCAAAUAAUUGACAACCAGACUGUAUAUAUUUACGGGGCACGGAUGUUCUAGCCAAAGAAAAAAUACGUUGUAAGCCCUAUCGAGAAACAUCUCCAAAAGCAUCAAUCUUCGAAAAACUGUUUAUAACUACAGUCAAAACUGUGCUAAAGACAAUCUCUGUACAGAGACCAUCUGGCAUGAGUUUUAUUUCCGAAUUAUUUUUUUUCCAGUUUACUAGUUUAUAAAAUGUGAAUAAAGAUCAUCUGUAUACUUUCUGUCUAAAGCAUAGCCUGUGCUCAAGACCAACUGUCAACAUACACUACCUGACCGUAAAGGCCCUAAUUAAACAUACAAAGUUUAUUUUAUCCUGUUCUUGCAAAUAAAGACCAUUAGCCCAGACAGAAUUUCCGCGUAGAUAAAUACGUGCUAGAGACCUCCUGAGAACAGGGACUACCUAUGAUCAGGGAAAACUUUAAACAGAGACCACCUGUAAACAGGAACCACCUGUGAUGAGAGACCACCUAUGGUAAGGGACAAACUGUGACCAGGAACCAUCUGUUAUCAGAGACCACGAGUGAACAGGGCCCACCUGUGGUCCGGAACCACAUGUGAACAGAGAUCACCAGUUAUCAGGAACAAUUGGUGAUCAGAGACCACCGGUGAACAGAGAUCACAUGUGAACAGGGACCACCUGUGAACAGAGACCACAUGUGAACAGGGACCACUUGUGAUCAGGGACCAAUUGUGGACAGAGAGCACCUGUGAAUAGAUACCUCAUAUGAACAGGGACCACCUGUGAACAAGGAACAUCUGUGAACAGGGACCAUCUUUGAUCAUGGACCAACUGUGGACAAGGAGCACUAUGUGAACAGAGAAUAUCUGGGAUCAGGGACCAACUGUGGACAGGGAGCACCUGUGAACAGAGACCACCUGUGACCUGGAACAAUCUGUGACCAGAGACCACCUGAAAAGAGAUCACCUUUGAACAGGGACCACCGGACUCUUUAGAACCGUGACUAGACAGAUUGUCGCAUCACGCAGUAUUUAUGGUUAUCAUAUAAAGGAGCGUCAUGCAACUUAAACAAAUAUUUUAUAAGCUACGCCUUGAUACUAAAAGUAGUGGAAAAGUGUGCACAUUUUUUAUCUAUUUUUGGGUGUUGCCAUGUUUAUCAUGUUGAAAAGACCAAAGGAAAAUUGCCGCACCAUCAGAUAAUUAAAUAAUUAUACAUCUAAUAAUUCAAUAAAAUAAUGAAUCGAUCAUCAGUCGGUUUUCUACUUAUUAACCAACUUGAAAAUAAAUAAACAUAUUUCGGAACAAGGCUUUUCCUCUGCUAUUUCGUGUAAAAGGACGCUACCAUUUGCGUCAUUUUUUAAUUUAAUUUUCAAAAUAUCUUGAUUUGUUUGUAACUAAUCGCCAGAAGCGAUAUUGAAAGGAUAUUUUAAUUGUAAAAUUUAGGCACCUUGGUUACUAAACAGUUCUUAAAGAUAAUUUUGAGCUUUAACCAGCCCGUUUCAGGAUAAUUUCGUUAGAAUAAAAAUAACAUUUCAAAACAAAAAUGUGUAAUGUUCCGAAAUCAAAAUUAAAAUGGCGAUUUUGCCCGACGAUUUUGGUCGAAAGAAUAUAGUUCUGUCAUUAUACUUACAUUGUUCAAAACCAUGUUCAAACUACCGCCCUUGUGUGAGUGAGAUAUGAUCUACAUCUAAAUAAUUGCAUAAUAGAUAAAAUUAACGAAAACAAAUCACUGUUAUGAAAUAGGUUUAUCAAUUUUAGAUAAUAGUAAUAAUACAUGUUUUGUGAGCUUUAAAUACAAAUUCCGGUUCAUGUACGGGAUAAGAGACGCGAGAUAGCUGUAACUUUAACUGUUUAUGAAGCAUAUACCUGAAAAUGUAAGCUACACUUUUAUAUUGGUUAAUUAAUCACUCUCUGGACGUGAGAGCAAAACUGCCCGGUCUCAACAUAACAACACCUUAAAAGGCACCGUUUCGUAAGUUUCGUUAUAAUUUCUGGUUCUUCGGGAUCAUGGAGAAUAUUCAAUUGGACUAUAAUAUUAUUCCGCUUAAAGCCCUGCUCCAGUCCUACCUUUUAACCUUCCAUUGUCACUGAAAAAGCAUGAAAAUCCUGACUAUGAACAGUGACGCCUGUCAAAAUAGAGUCUAUUUUUUGUAAGAUUCCAUAUAAAAUACAUGUGGUUUUGCGUGAUAAAGUGUGGCGCGCGGCCGUUAACUGUUACCUAUUGUAAUCAUGGGUUACAUGCACAAUAGAAUUUGAAUAGCCGCGAAGCAGGGCUUUAAGCCGGUGCUAGGGGCGUGACGGGUGUUGCACAUUUCAUUACCUGUCGUGAACAGACUCAGUUAAACCGAGUCUGCCAUUAUGUUUCUUGUUGCCUUCUUUGCUUCCAAAGGAUGUUUUCACUUAUUUGAUUAUUCAUAUUACGUCAUAAAAGUAUUUACGUAUAUCUCUGUACUAUCCAAACAACUACAAUGUAUUUGUUUCCGCAUAUCAAGUGCUUAAAAAUAUUCAUAAUAUAGUAACAUAUAAUAUAAAGACAGCUUUCAAAACAAAACACUUAAUUCGAUAAACAGUAGGGCUUUAUACUGACAUGUUUUAAUCUGAGCAGGGAUACAGGCUACAUUAUUCUUUAAAAGAAUUGUCUGGUAGACAGGGGCUAAAACGACAUAUUAUGACGGUGAAGUCGGCAAGUGUAUGAAUGCAAAUCAAACUUCUUUUCCUCGUUUAUACGAACUAUAUUGUACAUGCAAGUACAACUGAUGAUAUACGGAACAUAUAGCUAACGUGCCAUGCAUCUCUACACAAGCAGUCACUGGUAUAACUGUAACUGACGAGAAGUCUCCAAGUACAAGUGUAACAAAAAAUAGCGUAACAUCCGUCAAACAAACUACAAAAACUAUCAAUAUGUGGUCGAGUACCGGUUCUAAGUUGUCUGGCAUUACAGGAAGUUCGCAAACAACAUUGAACCUGCCAAACCGGACAGGUUUAACCACACAGGGCCUCUAUGACAAUAAUGAGUCUGACUACGACUAUAGCUACGGGGAUGUAUACAUGUAUCCUGGUUAUACAUUUGAAAAACCAUUUUAUUUGUAUGUUUGGGAAUUCUUGGUCAUAUUUACAUUCCUCGUCAACCUCGUUGUGAUAUCAGUUCUGCUGCGCAGAAAGAUGCGCAAUACAACAAAUAUAAUUCUUGCCGCCAUUGCAAUUUCAGACUCGCUUACCGGACUGGUGACUCUGCCGUCCUAUAUCAUGGUCUACUUGAAGUAUGUUCCACCAUAUGGUGACUACGAUUACGGUUACAGCACAAGUUAUACCAGCAGUGAACAAUCUACACCGAGUCAAUAUGAAAAUGGAGGAAAUAACUCCUUUUAUGAUGGUUCCCAGCCUAGCCAAGGGCAGGAACCGGUAGGCGGAAGUGAACUAACGCAAGAUCUCUGCAAUGGUUUCAUGAUUUCAAAGUACUUUCUGUCAAAAUCAUUUCAUUCAAUGUCGAUAUUUCUCACUCUAUUUCUUGGAAUUCAACGAUAUAUAUCUAUAACAUACCCAUAUCGGUCACAGGUUCUGUUGAAUUUACCAAGAACCGUAAUUUGCUGUGUGGGUAUUGUACUUAUUUCCCCAAUUUUACAUGUGUAUCAUCUUUUCGGAGAAAAAGCGGCAGGGGGCCUCUGUCAAUGGGAACUGAAGGAGGAAGGCUGCGGAGGCGGAUGUAUCUAUCUAUGGAUGGCAUUUUUCAUUCGGCAUUUGAUACCAUGUGUUACGCUAGUGGUGUUUACUAUACUUUUUAUCCUUCGUCUACGUUUAGGUGAGAGAAAUCUGCGCAGAAUGGAUAGCAGCAAAUCACAAAUUUCAAGACGGAAGGAAGAAAAUAGACGUAUUUCUAUCAUUGUUAUCGCGGUGGUUAUAGUUUUUCUUGUACCGGAAAUACCGUAUGGAAUAUUUCUUUUGUACAAUGCUAUAGACAAGGCAGCUAAUCAAGGCAAAGGCAUCAACUUGGAAACAAACAGAGCUAUCCAAUUAGUUUAUGAACUUCUUUUGGUUCUGUCCUUCCAUGCCAACUUCUAUAUCUACACCUUUUUCAACAGAAGGUUCAGGAGGACAUUGCGCAGGACCUAUCUAAAACCUUUCCUUGGAGACAAAGAUAGACUGUCGGUUUCUACAACCUCCUCGAUUUCACGAAAGACUUCAAACAAAAAGGCAGAUACUGGAAGUGCUGCAAAGCGCAUUGAAAUGGAAUCCAUGAUUCAAACCACACAUCUGAGCCAGUCAGACAUAAAAACUAACUCGGUUGCCUCAAGCCUAGAUGGAAAAGAUCAAAAGGUUUUUGAAGGUGACUGAAUCAUGGAUAUUUGACAUGUGUGAUGUCAAUGACAUGGAAGAAACGCCAGUAAUUUUGUUUUUCUAUUGUGUAAAAUAAACAGAAUGGCUGCAAAAAUACUUUGUUCUGUAUGGUUUUUGCUACGAAUUGGCCUUAAAAUAUUAAAAUAUUUAGUUUUAGUGUCAUUUGAUGUACAAACUGAUUUGCUCUAUUUGACCCUAUAUAGUGAUAAUCAAUGCUAAUGUAUUGUUUUAGUCUGCCAAUAUACCCGAAAAAGAGGCCUAGAAAUUGCCUUUUGAUGGCAUUUUGUGUUUCAUAAUUUUAACAUGUCCAAAACAUUGCGGAAUGAUACUUAUUUCACUUGGGUAAUGAUUACAUUUUACUCGGACUUUAUCGUAGACUCCCUGUGUAAAAUCUCAAACUUUUAACUAAAAUAAAGGUAUUAAAUAGAUAUAAAAUUUCAAUGAAACUUCAAAGUUUUACUGUUUGUAGCAUGAUCUGGGGCAUGUGCAGUGAAAACUCUUAAUUUGAUUUCCAAAAUAGUGUGAUAUUUAUUUCUAAAGUCACUAUAUGUUCAUUGUAAAUAUACUUCGUUAUACCAAAGUGGAAACUGGCAGGUACUUGAAAAUGCAGCUCUCUGUUUGGUCAGUUAGAGCCCUUAAUGUACUGUGAUGUCAUGAUAAAGUUAUGACAGCCAUGUUCAUUGUUAACUUUAUGAAAAGUGGAAAAACUUCAGGGGGCUGUCGCCUUCCAAGAAUCUUAGUAAGGUCACAGCACAAGGUCAAAGGUCAAUAAGGGCAUUUUUGUUAUAAACGUCAGAUUUUCGCAAUUUUUGCUACCUUUCAAUAUAAAUAUUAAUAUAUAUUACUUUUUUUGGUGAUAUUUAUUAAUUUGAGAAGUAAAACAAAUUAUGUAGAUUUAUUAAAUUUGACACUGGCAAAAUUCAAAACGACUAAAGUUAUAGCUGUAGAAUAGGCAAACUUUUCGUACGCUCUGAUAUUUAGUUCAUUUACGAAAGCUAUCUUUUUCACAUAAACAAUUUUGCGGCCAAUAUUUCAAUCUCCAAGGGAUUAUGAAUAUGAUCUUGUCCUGACAUAGAAUGCUAUUCUGCAAGUGUGCAUUAAAGGAAUAUCACAUUUGUAUUGAGAAAUAUGCGCGAAUUCUUCAGUUGAGAUUUUGCACUAUAUAUGCGGUGCAAUAAUAUUUUCCGUGAGAACACGAGUGCAUAUUUCUCGAUGCAAAGCUUAUCAUCAUUUUAUUGCAUAUUCAUUUGUAGCUCCACCAUCCGGAGAAUAGGGGUGCUAUUCUACUCGCCCCGGCGUUUGCGUGAGCUUUCUUGGCUAAAGGUUUUCGGAAACCUUUGUUUUUCUUUGUUUCUAUUGCUUAUAUAUCUUAUUAUAUCUCAUUAUACCCAAGGUCAAGGUCACCGAAGUGUGGCAACCUUUGUCUUUCUGUCAUAUCUUUGUUACUAUUUCUUAUGUCUUACUGUAAGUUCACAUAAACAUCGGCCUUAGUAAUGUUUCUGGUUCUGUUUGUAUAGAUUAAGGAACUUUGAAAGUAAAUGUUAGACGUAUAUGCAGUGCAAUAAUAUACAUUACAAGCUUUAUAAUCAUGUUAUAUGUAUUAUAGAAAUAAAUAUUGAGUACAUUGUA